AUGGAAUCAGACAAUGGCCAGGGCAGCAGCCCACCUGCCGACCUGGGCUCAUCAAAAGGCGUUUUUGAACAGAUCCUAGGUUCAGGCUCACCGCAGCUCUCCGUGGAUCCGGAGCAGAAGGAGAUCCCCCCAACAGAGCCCUUGACAUCAACUCGACCCCAUGGCCAAAAUUCUCCGAUGAAGCCUAGUCGAGCGGAUCCGACCCCAGAUACUCGCUCGGUCCCGCGUUUUGGCCAUUCCAACCGCUCUUCCAGUCGCACCCCCCGACGAUUCAGCGGCAGUACGGCAGCAAGUUCUAUCAGUGAACUGGAGCCCAGUGGGUCUAAAUUGUGGAGGAUUGGUGUCUGUGCCCUAGAUGUGAAAGCCCGCAGCAAGCCAAGCCAGAAUAUCCUCACUCGACUUCAAGCCAAGGGCGAAUUUGAGGUGAUUGUUUUUGGAGACAAGGUGAUUCUGGACGAAGAUGUGGAGAAUUGGCCGGUGUGUGAUUUCCUGAUUGCUUUCUUCUCGGAUGGGUUCCCUCUGGAUAAAUCCAUCGCCUAUGCCAAACUCCGGAAGCCUAUCUGCGUCAAUGAUUUGCCGAUGCAAAAGGUGCUGUGGGACCGACGAUUAUGUCUGAAGAUUUUGGACCAAAUGGGAGUCCCCACACCCAAGAGAGUGGAGGUGAAUCGUGAUGGCGGCCCAGUUCUGGAAUCGCCGGAUCUCGCUCAGCACGUCUACCGACUGACGGGGGUCAAACUGGAGGGCCCUGAAGAUGGCACGGGAGGCGGUGCCCGGAGAACCCAGCAGGUAUCCAUGUCGGAGGAUGGCGAGUCGCUGAUUGUGGAUGGCAAAGUUUUUCGGAAGCCCUUCGUGGAGAAACCCGUCAACGGGGAAGACCACAAUAUUCAUAUCUAUUUCCCCAACGAUCAACAAUAUGGCGGCGGUGGACGGAAGCUUUUCCGAAAAGUCGGCAACAAGAGCUCGGAAUAUGAUCCCAACCUCUCCGUACCUCGUUCGGUCACGGAGACCGAGGCAAGCUACUUGUAUGAACAGUUCCUUCGGGUGGACAAUGCCGAAGAUGUAAAAGCGUAUACAGUGGGCCCUGACUUUUGUCAUGCCGAGACACGCAAGUCACCCGUUGUCGACGGCCUCGUCCGUCGAAACACCCACGGUAAAGAACUACGAUACAUCACCCAGCUGAGCAAAGAGGAAGCCGCGAUUGCCUCGAAGAUAUCGAACGGAUUUGGCCAGAGAAUCUGCGGUUUUGAUAUGCUUCGUGUGGGAGACAAGAGCUACGUGAUUGAUGUGAAUGGCUGGAGUUUUGUCAAGGACAACAAUGACUACUACGAUAAAUGUGCCCAUAUCUUGCGAGAUACUUUCUGGAACGAGAUGCGCAAGGUUGAGGGCUCAAUGGAGCUCUCCGAACCCCCUUCACCGGACUUAGGUCAAUCUAGAAGAAGUACGGCGGGCUCUCAUCGGCAAGCGUUGAAGACAUUGUUGAAGUCCCCAAGUACUUCUCGACUCUAUGGUAGUCAGCAUGUCCCCAGAGCUCCCGACGCGCCUUCAUCAGAUGUAUCGACUGGGGCUCCUUCUUUAGCAUCCUCGUCUGGGUUAGAAAGCGCCGAACCUAUCGUGAAUCCGAGUAAUCCGAACUCGAGAGAAUGCCAGCAAGACUCCCGUGGCUACAGCCCUUCUAAUACGAAGUCACCGGCUGUUUCCCUUCACCAAGCCAGCGAAGGAGUCCUACCGCCUCUUCCGGCUUCGAAACACUCCUGGAAACUCAAGGGAAUGGUAGCCGUCAUCCGGCACGCCGAUCGAACACCUAAGCAAAAGUUCAAAUUCACCUUUCAUAGUCAGCCUUUUGUGGAUCUUCUAAAGGGGCACCAAGAGGAGGUGGUGAUCAAGGGAGCUGCGGCCCUCUCCAGUGUCUCUGAUGCAGUCAAACUAGCCCUGGAACAAGAGCUCGAGGAUGUGGACAAAUUAAAUCUUCUUCGUGUAUCCUUGGAGAAGAAGGGCGGCUGGCCUGGGACCAAAGUACAAAUCAAGCCUAUGUUCCGGAAGCGCCGACCCGAGGAAAUGCGGGAGCAAGACCCAUCUCCAGCCUCUACAUCGCCACUAGGUCAAACGGCUCCCGAGGAACCUGCUUCGCCCAUACAUGGUGAAGCUGGGCAAGACAGCGAGGCCUUGCGCAGACCACAGACGCGGAGCGACUCCAUCUCUGGCCCUACGUUCUCUAGAUUUUCCGCCGUCGAGAAUGACUUGAUCUUGGAUAAACUCCAGUUGAUCAUCAAAUGGGGAGGGGAGCCUACACACGCAGCACGCUAUCAAUCGCAGGACCUGGGCUUGAACAUGCGCGACGAUCUCAAGCUGAUGAAUAAAGAGGCUCUCAAUAAUGUCCGCCUUUUCACCAGCUCCGAGCGCCGAGUAAGCACAAGUGCUCAAAUUUGGGCUUGCUCUUUUCUGGACCAAAAAGAAAUCCCAGUAGACCUUAUUCAAGUUCGAAAGGAUCUGCUUGAUGAUUCCAAUGCCGCCAAAGAUGUAAUGGAUAAAGUCAAAAAGAAGCUGAAGCUGCUCCUGAGGGAGGGGUCUGCGCCUUCACAAUUCGCAUGGCCUAAGGAUACCAACAUCCCCGAACCAUCCGUCGUUCUUUCUACGGUGGUGGAGUUGAUGAAGUUUCAUCGGAGCGUCAUGCGCCAUAAUUUUGAAAAGUUGGAACCCUCAUUACAGAACGCCGAGGAUCCCGAUCAGCCAGAUUCUCAACCUGACCAACCCCAUAUCGCCAAUGUCCAAGGGCGAUGGUGCGCGGGAGAAGACCCCCGGCUCUUCAAAGAGCGAUGGGAAAAGCUCUUUGCCGAGUUUUGUGAUACAGAAAAGGUAGACCCCAGCAAAUUGUCCGAACUUUACGAUAGCAUGAAGUUUGAUGCUCUACACAAUCGACAGUUUCUGGAAUGGGUCUUUAUGCCACCAGACAGCGACCGUGAUGACGAUGACAAGUGCAGUGUCAAAGGCAAGAGUCCGUCUAUCGUGGAAAGUAAGAACGGAGCAGAGGUUGGGAAUGAGAAAAUUGAAGAACGUGCCGAAAACCAGACACUGGCCCAGCGGUUUGGCUUGAAAAAGCGACUUCAGGCACUCGAGUCUCUACCGCACCUUCGGGCGCUGGACGACUCGUACGACCAUUACUUCAAGCUCUACCCUGGCUCGAACUCCAACAAGUGCAAGAUGGACGAGCGCCUUUCUAAGCUCCGGGAGCUAUACAAGCUUGCCAAAGUUCUUUUUGACUACGUCACACCACAGGAAUAUGGCAUCACGGACAGCGAGAAACUUGAGAUCGGUCUUCUUACAUCUCUACCGCUUCUUCAAGAAAUCGUUCGUGAUUUAGAAGAAGUGCAGGCCUCUCCUGAUGCGAAAUCGUUCUUUUACUUCACCAAGGAGUCCCACAUUUACACGCUUUUGAACUGCAUCCUCGAGGGUGGGAUCCAGACCAAGAUCGCUCGCAGCACCAUUCCCGAGCUCGACUAUCUCUCUCAGAUCUGCUUCGAACUCUACGAAGCCCGGGAUAGCGAGUCCGAUGUCAACUCCUAUUCCAUCCGCAUCUCCAUCAGCCCCGGGUGCCACGCUUUCGAUCCACUUGAUGUGCAACUCGACUCCCGGCACGCAAUCGGAUGUGCGCCACGACGCAGUUUGACGGCACAUCAGGAUUGGAAAGAGGUGAUUGAGACCCUCAAAGCGAAAUUCGAUACGGUCAAACUCCCCAAGUCCUUUAUUGCUGUGAACUUGAGUGAUAAACACCUGCCAUCACAAGAACAAGAGACUUACUAG